AUGUGGCGCUCGGGUCUCUGCGCCCUCCUUCUCGGUGUGGCUACCCAUGUGGCCGCUUUCGCCAUCCCUCCGGGGCAGGCAGACGGUGUUUACAGUGUUUGGACUCGUCCUGAUGGAACCGAGGAACACACGAUGAUCAUGAAUGCCACAGAAGCCCUGCUCAUCCGCAGCGAGCCCCACGGUCUUGGCCGCUCUCUCGCGCGUCGGGAUAGGCUCGCUUCUCGGUGGGCCAUAAACGAAGGCGUCAGUUGCGCUUCCGGCCAAGAACGACUCGACCCUGGCGAUUGCGACGCUGCCAAUAGCAUGCUCGACAACCAAUGCGGCAACGGUGCCACUGUACGAAUGGGAAUGGACUUUUACUCCAUCCGCAACUGUGCAGUGGCCUAUUUUUGCAACUUCAGUGGCUAUUACGACGCAAAUUGCGAUGCCCAAACACGGCGAGACUGGUCUGCAGCCAUUACACAAAAGUGUGGGCUGUACAUGCCAGGUUGGGGCCGGCACAUCUCCAACGAUGACGGGCCAUUCAGCAAGGAGAACAACUUUUCCUAUGGCUACGAGAAUUAUUGUCACGGGGGCAAUAACUUUUGCAGCCGUGGCAUCAAAGGUUAA